GCGCCGCUGAUUGGCGCGCUGUCGCAACACACCCCCCUCCAUUGGCCGAACCCCGCGUAAUGAUUGCGCGGUGAGACCCGCGAGCGCAGCGCGAUUGGCCGCGGCGCUGACGGGCCGCCCUAUAUAAGGGCCGCAGGAGGGGCGGGCCCCUAGUCCCUCAGGCGCUGGGUGCUGUGGCGUGGUUUCUGUGCCGCUUUCCGGCCGCUGCGGGAACAUGGCGACGCUGAAGGCUGUGUGCGUGAUGAAGGGGGACGGCCCGGUGCAGGGCGUCAUCCACUUCCAGCAGCAGGGCAAUGGACCAGUAAAAGUUACUGGAAAAAUCAAUGGCUUGGCUGACGGAGAUCAUGGCUUCCAUGUCCAUGAAUUUGGUGACAAUACAAAUGGGUGUACCAGUGCAGGUGCUCACUUCAACCCUGAGGGCAAGCAGCAUGGUGGACCAAGUGAUGCAGAAAGGCAUGUGGGAGACCUUGGCAAUGUAACUGCUAAAGGAGGUGUGGCGGAAGUGGACAUAGAAGACUGCAUCAUUUCUCUUAGUGGACCACAUUGCAUCAUUGGGCGUACCAUGGUGGUCCAUGAAAGACGCGAUGACCUGGGUAGAGGGGGAGAUAAUGAGAGCAAAUUAACUGGAAAUGCGGGACCUCGUUUAGCUUGUGGUGUAAUUGGAAUAGCGAAGAGCUAAGUGUUGUACCUAUAAUGCUUAAGAUGACAGUGGUAAAUGGGCUGUGUUUCAUUGCAAGUGCUGUACUUGCCCUUCCUUGUGUAAGCAAAAGAUUUAUCACUUAAUCUCAUUACUAUUCUGCAUUCUGACUAUCAUUUAAACUGGUGAAGACUGACUUAAUUUUGUAUGAUGUAUAUUGGAAUUAAAAGCGACCCUGAUGGAAUGUCUCUGUAGUCUUCUGCUAAAGCAUCUGCUGUAACCAUUAAGUAUAACUUCACUAACUGGAACUCCUGUGUAAUGAGAAGAUGUAUAACAAUGAGCUCUAGCAAGACUACUCAAAGAGCAGUAGGCACUCUAUGUAUCAGGGCUUCCUCCUGGCAAAGUUGCAGCAUUUGUAGGUUUCACGUUUGUGUAAUAAACUUGCUGGGCAAAUACA